CGUAGCCCUGCGAGUCAUAGGAGGCGACAAAAAGGAUGUCUCGAAUCUGAGACAGUAAGAUAUGGUUCCGAGUUCCACGGACUCGGAUCUGAAGAUAACUGCGCUGGUGAGGGCCAGCAGAAAUUGUAAAUGAAAGAACCGCGCUCUCAUCAGAGGGAGGAUCCCACAUUAACAAAUCCCAAAUUGUCUGACAGUAAUAAAUAUCUGGUCGUAAGACCCAGAAUGGUGCUUUAUUGCAGGACACACUGGCCUACAUAAGACUGGAGUCGACAAAAUUUCAGUGGAGAGAUAAUUCGGACUGGGAGCUGCCAGAGUCCAGAGAAGUGAAGAGAGAAUUGCAGUUAAGAAAUUUCACGAUAAUUGUUGAGGAAAAAAUGGCAAGAAGACUUGACAGCAACUUUUAAGAUUGUUAGAGUUAUUCAUAGUUAAAGAGUGUUAUUGUUUUGGCGAUCUUUCAGAGAAUUAUAAUUGUUUGCAGUUACGACUUGAAGUUAUCCAAUAAAUCGAUUCAACAAAUUCAGAACCCCGUAUUUACUGUCGCGUUACCAGGAUACACUUGACAAUAUUAUGCAGAAAUCUUGUGCUUCAGUUUCCUCACAUUCCAGACUUUCCCCAGCUAAGACAGAAUUAGCAGGCCAGUGCUUCUGAAACAAACACCGUGCAAGAUUGCAGCAAAUGUCACACAACGACUUACCUUUGUAUAUAUGGUGCACCUAUAUUUGUAUGGAAACCUUCAUACUUCUGUGAAUUUGUGUCUACAAAUAUAUAGUCGACCCUAAUGUUUGGACCGUGAACAAAACCUUUAUUCCGAGAGAGAAACCUCUCGAAUUCUGCAGUAGAUGACAGGAAAUGUCGCACCACAGGAUAGAAAAACAGCUCUGCCUCUUGUUACCGAGUUCGCCCAGAGACAGUUACGUGGCAGAGUGAAUAUUCAGCAGAUGUGAGUGCACAAGAUGUCUGAUAUCAAUAAGCCGAUAUGAGAGCCGUAAAAUUCCACUACUGAUAAUACCUCGAGAGGUCCAAAUUCCAAACUGAUUAAACCAUUCGUAGAUCUACCUACAGGCUUUCUGAGUGGAGGGAAAUCUCAUGAUGAACCAUUACGGAAACCUUUUUAGCGAUGGAAUUUCACAGUUUCAUAUUAAGUUAUUGAUAUCAGAUACAUUUUUGCAAUCAGAUGUGCUUCAUUAAUCAACGACAUCAUGACGUAUAGGUCACUUCCCUGACAGAUGGAGUCAACGAAUGUGACUUGAGACCCAGCCUCUUUACCCCCAGGGAGAUGUCCCCAUCUACCCAGUUGAUAACAGGCUGGGUGGAUUCCGGAAACAGUCGGAAUGCUGCGAGGUGAAGAGAAUCUCUUGCCCCUGUCGGGAAUCGAAGGAACAUGCCUAGGGUGACCUAAGUGGAUAUGAUCAAUUUGACAGAAUGAAGAUGGGAGAGUUGAGGCUGGAUUCAUCUAGCUCAGAAGAGGGACCAAUGGAAGGAUUUUGUGAACAGGUUAAUGAAGUUUCAGGUUUGAUAAAAUGCUAUGAGUUUCUCGAGAAGCUGAGAUAAUGUCGGCUUUUCAAAGGGACUCGUUUCCAUGGAGUUCAGUGUAAAUAUUAUGUCCUCAGCUGAAGUGAAAACAGUAUAUUCACCUUACAGGAAACAUGGUUAGUGUUCUGUAAUUGGUUUGAAUUAUUCGUACUUCGGAAAAAAAAGUGGACAAUCCAUUCGGACCAUUCAAGUACAGGUUUCUUGUGCAUGAUGUGUGCAGCUUGCUCAUUGAAACAAACAAUGGGAUUAGGAUAACUACAGGCUCUCUCACCUAGAUCCGAAGGAGACACUAAAAUACAAAAACAAUAAAAAUACACACUUACAUAGACGGUGUCAUUGAGGAACAGACAGAAGCCCUAAACUUGCCUCUAAUCUUAAGCAAUUUAUGAAUCAGCUCUACAUGUAUGUGUAUGUUGGUGUUGGUUUACCACAGGUGGCGUAGAAAUAUAUGGGAAACAAAAUACCUACAGGAUAACGAAAGGGAAUGACACAGUCCGUGAUCCACUGAGGUAGUGCGUCUCUGAUUACUUAGCAGUUCUGAAAAAUGUAUCAGUGUGUCAUUUAGUCACAUAUUUAAAAAGUUCAUAUCUCAGAAAAAGUAAGAACCUCAUUAAUUUUAAACCAAAGAAAACAAACUGACAAAAUUAUGUCUCUGUGCCUCAGAGCUGCAGUUUGGGUCUCCUUUCCUCUGAGGAUUGGCUCUCCAGAGUUGGUCCAUCGGGUCAAAGCUUACUCUAAUUGAGUCCGGCAGUGUUGGCAACCCUUCUUGUUAUCAGGGGGAUCGAAAUGAAUCCUGGACCUGGAAAUGUUGACAUGAGUGACAAGAGCUGCAGUUUGGGUCUCCUUUCCUCUGAGGAUUGGCUCUCCAGAGUUGGUCCAUCGGGUCAAAGCUUACUCUAAUUGAGUCCGGCAGUGUUGGCAACCCUUCUUGUUAUCAGGGGGAUCGAAAUGAAUCCUGGACCUGGAAAUGUUGACAUGAGUGACAAGGUUCACCAGAAUGCCCAGACAAAUGAACUGUACAAGCCGACACCUUCAUUUGCAGACACUAUGGGGCAAGAUUUCGAAGCACAAACAGCAGCUCUACUCUUCGCACGAGGAAUCAACACUGGUCAAGGUUUCCAUCUUGCUGUCAACAUGGAAGCUGGAGGCAAAUUUGAUGACAUAGUAUUCACGCUUUAUGGUGAGAGAAAGAAGACAGUUUUCAUGCAACUCAAGCAUAAAAGAAAAACUGAAAAGAAGAUAACAAAGGAACAACUACUUCAGGUAAUAGGAAAAGGAGACUUCAGUUUGCCCAAGUAUUGUGCAUCAUACUGCCAGAUAAAGAAAAAUUGGGGAAAAAAUAAAGAUUUGGAAUUCUGUGGCAGUAUCGAAGAUUCUGCAUUUAUUAUAUAUACAAACGCAGAAAUGUCUGAUAUUCCUCGAGGUAGCAGUGACUGCAGUUCUGGGUGGCCAGUAUUUGUCAAAUCUGAAGGGCAGUGUUUCAGAUUGACUAAAGACGUUCACAAAGUCUUUUACGAUUUCUUUGAAAACUUGCCUAUAUACAAGGACUUAGUAAAUGAAGCAAUUAACAGUGAGGAAUUCUCAAAGACAGAAGAACUGCUGAAAGUUGUUAAGACACUCUGGAACAAUAGCAACAUGACAACACCACCGAAGCGAGAGCUUAUAAAGUUAUGGAAUGAGAUGCAGAAAUUUGGGGAUAAGGCAGAUUGUAUAGAAUUUCUGUCUAAGCUGUGGUUCUUCACUGGACAAGCAUCUGGAAAUGACCUGAAUCACCUUAUAAAGAAGGAAAUUGAAACCUCAUGUGGAUCUUGUGAAUAUCAGGAAAAUUUCAUGGAAAGUAUUAAAAAGUGGUGGUUAAAUGCAAAUUCUUUCCUCACGGAAUCAUCAGAAUUUUGGGAACAAUUCCUUCUGUCACAUGUUGACAACAUAUCUGAGAAGAAAUUAAAAGAACUAGAGAAAUUAAAUAUGAGAUUUCAAGAAGAACAAUUGAUGGCUGUUAUAACUCAGACACCUGUGACAAUCAUUGUUACUGAUGGAUCAGUUGGCAGUUUGGUUCUCAGUUGCUUGAAAAUUCAUCAGAGACUCUCUGACAGGGUCCAUAUUAUGACAGAUGUCAGAACCUUGGAGACGCACAAGAGCAAGGCACUGACACUGUGGGGAAGAGGCACACAUUGCAACAUACUUGUAGUGGAAGAUGCAUCAGAUUGUGUGGAUGUUGAUGACAUUGUUGCUGGGGUUAUUAAGAUACUGAAAUCAAGUGCAGAGAAGAAACUGGUGCUUGUAUCUGGGGGCAGAAGCCCUCUGGCCCGCAAACUUAGGAAACAGAUUCCAUGCACAAAACAUAAAGAUAUCUUCAAAUUUAGUCAAUUGGAUGAGGAGUCACAACUGACAGUUCUACAACACAACGUCAAUUUCCAAGGCUGUGAUGUGAGUCUGCAGACACUGACUGGAGAUAAUUGCACUGAAAUACAGGAUGCACUAAGCGCUGACACUGUGACACAGCUUCUGUCAGGAAGUGACACGAUUAAGGUAGGUGAACCAGUGGCAUCUCAGGAUCCCUUCUAUAUUUCUCGUACACUGUGUCAUAAGGACCGAAUUUCAAUGGAUGUGCUACAAUUUGUAAGCCAACCUGGGCAAUUAGCUGUGAGUGGUAUGUCUGCAAGGGAACUACAGGGCAAAGUCCCCCAAGGUAAGAAAGUUAAGAAAUUUGAUGAACUUCAUGAACAUGGGAAGGACCCUGAGAAUUCAGCUGCAAGCGAUGCAUUUCAAGAGAGACAGAUAAUGGAUCCAUCUGGUAGUACAUUUCAGGCAUCUGAUGAUGCCAUUCAAGAAAGAGAGAUUAAGUGUUACAUCUAUGUGAUAGACAAUGAACAUGACUUUAAGAGUCUUUGUAAGAAACAUGGAAACAUUCAUUGGCUACACAGGGAGGGGAAUUAUUUUGUGUGGAGAGGGUCUGAGGGGGACAUGACCCUUCUAAGGAAUCAUGUUUUAGAUGGCACCUUGUACAGUGAUGUAAACAAAAUUAUGCAAUUGCCCCAACAGGUGGUACUUCUUAUUUCUGAGCCAGGGAUGGGGAAAUCCACUGAGCUCUUACAUUUGGCCUCAGUAAUAAAAGAGGCUGAGCAAAGCACAUGUGUGGUGAGGAUCAACCUGAAUGAUCACACGGAUUACCUGAGGCAGAAUCAACCCAGUGCUGUUGAGCUGCUCUGUAGAGCUGGUCGGUUUGACACGCAAUUCCAGAAAUCCCUCCUUCAACACAAAUUACUCCAUGCAGAGAAUACCGUACUUCUGUUUGAUGGCUUUGAUGAGAUAAGCCCAACUUAUUCAGAUAAAGUGUUGAGCAUAGUGACGGAACUGAGGGACGUUAAUGUCAGGAAGAUGUGGAUAACAUCUCGUCCUGUCAUGGGGGGAAAACUAGAAAAUCAGUUUUCUGCUUUGUCAUUUGCAUUGAAACCUUUCUCUGAAGAAGACAAGGUGACAUUUGUUCAUAAAUUUUGGGAGAUAGAAUAUGGUGAAGAAUUAGGAACAUUCAUCAGGAAACUUCUGGAACUCACUGGGACUUCUGUAAAAGGCUCGUUGGGGAAGUUUGCUGACAUUCCAUUGCACACCAUGAUGUUGGCUGAGGUGUUCAAACCUCAGGCCUUGCAUUACAAUGAGACAGGUGAAGACAAAUUGCCUAACAAGCUGAACUUGCUUGAGCUUUAUGAAGGGUUUAGAGACAGAAAGUGGGAGAUUUAUCAAAUGUACAAACUUGGAAUAGAUACAUCAAAGCCUGCAGUGUCACGUAUGAAUGAAUUCUUCAAAAAUAUGUUCAUUCAAAAUCAUAUGGAAUGUGCACUCAUAACUUUACUGGGACACAAAGAAGUAAGCAAACUCAGUAACAAAGGCAGUAAUAUAAGCAAAAGCGUAAAAGAGUUCCUAGAUGAGUUUAAACUUGGUGAAGUGUGUCAAGGAUUUAUUGUUGAUGUCAUAAAUAAAAGGGCUAUAUUCAUACAUGGAACAUUUGUGGAGUUCUUCGUUGCAGAAUGGCUGAGUCUGAACUACAAGGAAAAUUCACAGUUUGCACAAGAUAUUAUUCUUGCUCCAAAGUAUGAAUUAAUGAGACAUUUCUUCAAUAGAAUUAUGGCAAAGGGUUCUAACUUUCACAAUGCCAUAUUAAACCAAGAAAUAGAAACUGUUGAGUGUCUGUUAUCACAAUGCAGUUCUGUUCUUCACGAUACCGACAGAGGUGGAAGAAUGGCCCUUCAUCUGGCUGUGAUGUCUUACCCUGAAGGAGGCUGUAGUGAGGCUGGAGACCAUAUUGUACAGAUUCUGUUAGAGCAUAAAGCAGACCACAGUGUCAAGGACGAAAUGUUCCACUUGAGUCCACUUUCCUUAGCUGAGAGGUUGGGGGUCUGGUCAGCUGUGAACCUACUUCUCCAGCAUAAUGCUGACAAAAGUGAUCUCAUUCUUACUAAGAACAAUUCUGAUAAUGAUAAAUAUGUUCAGAUUCUUCUAAAAGAAGCAACCUCAGGAGGUUUUUUAGAGGUUUUGAAGUUUGUGUUUGAGGAAUGUGGAAUAGAUAUAAACUACAGGCUGAAGGCUGUAGACAGUCAGGGAUACAGAACAACAUGGACACCUCUAAUGUGGGCUGUUGCUCACUGUAAUGCUGAGAGUGUCAGAUUCUUAUUGGAUAAAGAUGUAGAGAUUGAUGCAAGAGAUAAUACUGGCUGCACUGCACUAUACCUGGCUUGUCAGAAAAUCUCUAAGCUAUCUUGAAUAUUGCUCAUCAGUUGCUUAAGUAUUAAAGGCAUUUGGUGUUUACUAAUAAAAACUGCUGGUUGCCAUCACAAAAACGAACUUUUCUUAUUGAUUAUUUUGCAACAAAUUUUGGCCAAGAUAUACCAUCAUCAAGUGAAUCUUGAGGAAAUACA